AUGAAUAGGGAGUGUACAAACCUCAGAGACAGGCAGGGAGAUGCGCAACUACGACGGGACGCAACUGCGCAGAUGGGGGAUGGGAAGGAGGGGGAGGGGACGUCCAGCGUGGGGGUUGCCGGGUCCCCGGCCGAUUUUCAAGGUAAGGGGGAGUCCGUUUGGGCAGGAGGACCCCAGGAUGACCUCGCCGUCAAGCAGGAUAUGAUCCCGCGCCGCAUGCCAUACGCCCCCGGGCUGUGGUGCAUUUUGCAUGUGUGCCUUUCUGGCUGGCCUUCAGAAGUCGUCUCUGCAGGACGCCUCAAACGCUUGCCCCCGAAUUUUCUGGGGAACUGCCUCGGCGGAGAAGCUCACAUACAGAGGGUCAUCAUGAUUAUCCGCACCAUCUCCAGGGUAAUUGCUCCCUUGACGGUGGGCCCGUCCUCGCCUGAGCUGCAAGAUGUGCGUGUUCUCAACGUGUUCGACGACGCGGUCUACGAGGGUCCACCUGGGUCCACUAUCCGCGCUCACGGGAACUCUCUCGCACGGGACGCUCUCAUACGCCCCGGGAUGACAGUCGAGAUCUGUGCCUUGCAGAAGAAGCACCCACUCUACUGCGAUAUCCCCCUCGCAAGCCGUCCGCGAGGGCCCAAAUUCCGACCUUACACCGUCUUCCAAGCCAUGGCUAUCCGCAACGCCGUACGAGGACUACACAGUAUUUUCAAGAAGCCUUGCGCCAAGGCUCUGCACGCCUUCCCUACUCCCUACCAUUAUGUAGUCAGCCCCGCGCUUGGAUACUCUCCGCGCCACGAACGUGCAGCACCCGUCAUUCCCAUAACACCGGAGCUGGCGCCUGCCCACCAUGAUUGUAAAGACCCAGCCUCCAUUGAUACUCCCCAAAUCCUCCGCGUCCUCCCCACACAGCCACAGCCAAAUGCCCCACAGGCCACAAACUCGCCCUCGCGCCCACUGGGCCAGUUCAAUUUUUACCCACCCCUCCUCACCGACGGUGAACUCGAAUGGCACAUCUGGGACGCGCCUCCCUCCAUCGCCAAUGGCUCUUCAUUUACCGACAUCUCGAUCGCCUACUUUCCAAUCCACACCCUCACCAUCUACAUCCCCCACCUCGCGGACUGGCAAUGGCGCGCGUGGGGCCCGCUCGUCGUCCGCAGGCCGGACGGGCAGUACCUCAGGAUCGCGGACGUUCUGGGGGCGGUUCACGAGUACUUGCAUACCCCGCUCACAGUGGCGGACGUUGCGGAGCUGCGUAUCGCUAGGCGCACGAGGGACGUUGGCGGUACUUGGGCGCGGAAUGCCGGGGAGGCUUGGUCGUGGGAAGCAGAGGUCAUGCAGUUCAUGCUGAACCGCAUCGAGAAGGCCGGGCCUGAGGAGGUAGGCGUGGUUCCGCGGAGAGUCGACAUGCUUGCGGGGAAACUGUGGUUCGACCGGCUAGCGCAGGCUCUCGGGCAUGGGCAGCACGCGGAGAUGACGCUGACCUUUAAGGAUGGGUGA